UCAUGUAUAUUUAGUUAUUUACCAACAUUCUGUUGAAACCCUAACUAGUAAAACAAAAGAUAAUGAAAUCAAACAUAAAAAAGCAAAAGUCAGAGAUAGCUGCGCAUGAGGAGAAGCUCCCAUGGGAGUUGAUUGAAGAGAUACUCCUUUGUGUCUCUCCAAAAUCUCUUGUGUGCUUCAGAGUUGUUUGCAAACGAUGGAAAGCUAUCUUGGACGACAAGACUUUCAUCUACAACCACAAGGAGACGUUUCGAUUCAUCCUAGCAACGAAAUCAAAGAUUUAUUCUGUAAGCGUAGAUCCGAAGAUAGUGGUGCGUGAGUUAUCGUUGGAUAUUCCCGGUUUAGAAGCUCGAAAACCUAAAAAGUUGGUUAGUUGCGACGAGUUCAUGAUAUGUAGCAUGGAUAACGGAGCAGCAGUUUGUAACCCGUGGUUGAAACAAAGUACAUGGAUUAGCGAACCUACCUUUCAUUUCCAUGGCAUAUGUCAUCUUGAUAGUAAUGGUAGAAGUGAGGAAAGUGUUUACAAGACCAUUUGGGGUAAGAAUACCGUGUGGAAAACCCAUGACCUUGCCUCAGGUACGUGGAAAGACAUCGAGUCAAUGUCGGGUAAUACUAACCAGGGAGAACAAAAAUUUAAAACGUUACAUUCUCCAAGUGGUGUCUUGUUGAAUGGAACUUUGUUUUGGAUUGUUUUUUCUGUCGAGACGGUUCCGUUGUAUCACCUAGAUGCCUUCGAUUUAUCGAGGGAAAGAUUCUACAGAUUUUGUGAUCUACCAUGUGUGAGGAGCAAUCCUCAAGAUGCUCUAGUCCUUAGGGUCUUUAAGGGAGAUCGGUUUUCGGUGUUAAAGCAAUGCAGUGUAACAAAAAAGAUUGAGAUUUGGGUGACUGAGAACAAGGUUGAGAAGGGUGCUGGUGUGGUUUGGAUGAUUUUAAUGACUUUUUCAAUUCCUAACUUUCCCUGUUUAGCACAGACUGCUUACAUUUAUCAGCCAAGUUACUUCAUCGACAACAAUAAAAGGCUUGUAGUGUGUUCUUGCGAUGAAACUGGGAAGGCUUGGAUCUAUGUUAUGGCAGAAAACAAGUUGAUCAGCAAAGUUCAAAUAAGCUCUGUGGUUGAUUCUUGGCCUUUGCAUUGCACUUAUUUUCCCAGCUUGAUCCCGGUUCCUCAAUGCCAUGGAGAUGAAACAUAAUUAAAAUUAAAAAUUUUACGUGUGUUUUCUUGUUUUUUCUAUGUUUCAACUAGGGUUUUUGCUCAGUUUCCUCUUGGUUUGAUUUUAUUUUGAAGAAACAAUUACUCCUUUUUAGUUUUUUUAGAGCAAGCUAGUUUAAGAAUUUAAGGGGCUCAGUUUUACCCUUGUAGUUUGACUUCGACU